UGGUGCCCAGGAGGAGCAGCAUCAUCAAGGACCCCGCGAACCAGAAAGGCGGGCAGAAAAAGACAGUGUCGUUCAGCAGCAUGCCGUCGGAGAAGAAGAUCAGCAGCGCCAGCGACUGCAUCAGCUUCAUGCAGGCCGGCUGCGAGCUGAAAAAGGUCCGCCCCAACUCCCGCCUCUACAACCGCUUCUUCACCCUGGACGGCGACCUCCAGGCCCUGCGCUGGGAGCCCUCCAAGAAGGACCCGGACAAGGCCCGGCUGGACAUCUCAGCCAUCCGGGAGAUCCGGCCGGGCAAGAACACGGACACCUUCCGCCACAACGGCCUGGCGGACCAGCUGUGUGAAGACUGCGCCCUGUCCAUCCUGCACGGCGACCACUACGAGUCCCUGGACCUGGUGGCCCGCUCGGCCGACGUGGCCAACAUCUGGGUGUCGGGCCUGAGGUACCUGGUGUCCCGUCUCCGGCAGGGCCCGGAGCCGCCGGGGGCCGGCGGGGACCCCCCGAGGCUGGCCUGGCUCAAAUCGGUCUUCGAGGAGGCCGAUGCGGAGGGCAACGGCAUCCUGCCGGAGGAGGAGGCCGUGCGGCAGAUCCGCCGGCUGGCCCCGGCCCUGAAGGAGGCCCGGAUCCGCCUGCGCUUCAAGGAGAUCCAGAGGAGCAAAGAGAAGCUGACCACGCGGGUCACCCGGGAGGAGUUCUGCGAGGUGUUCAGUGAGCUGUGCACGCGGCCCGAGGUGUACUUCCUCCUGGUCCAGAUCUCCAAGAACAAAGAGUUCGUCGAUGCCGGCGACCUGCUGCUCUUCCUGGAGGCUGAGCAGGGGGUGGCCGGGGCCAGCGAGGCCCUGUGCCGGGACAUCGUCCGCCGCUACGAGCCCUCCGAGGAAGGCCGCCGUCAGGGCUUCCUGGCCAUCGACGGCUUCACCCGCUACCUGCUGUCCCCCGAGUGCGACCUCUUUGACCCCGAGCGGCUCAAGGUCACCCAGGACAUGAGCCGCCCGCUCUCCCACUACUACAUCAGUUCCUCGCGGGCCCCGCGUCGGGCCGCGGACCGGCUCGGGGGGCCGGCCGACGACCUCCGGGCCUACGAGCUGGCGCUCCGGACGGGCUGCAGGAGCGUCCAGCUGGACGUCCGCGACGGGCCGGACGGGGAGCCCGUCCUGGGCGGGGCGGCCCCGGCCCCGCCGUCCUUCCGCCAGGCCCUGGAGGUCAUCGACCGCUUCGCCUUCGCGGCCUCCGCCUUCCCCCUGAUCCUCUGCCUGGACCACCGCUGCUCCGUCCAGCAGCAGAAGGUCAUGGCCCGGCACCUGAAGGGGGUCUUCGGGCCCAAGCUCUUCGGCGGGCGGCCCCCGGGCCCGGACGCCCCGCUCCCGUCCCCCGAGGCGCUGAGGGGCCUGGUGGUCGUCGAGGGGAGGAAGCUGCCGCCCGGCUGGGCCGCCCCCGAGGGAGACGUCCCCGACGACCAGGACGGAGAGGGGGCCCGGCGGCCCCUCCGCCUCUGCCGGGAUCUGUCCGACCUGCUGGCCGUCGGCCGGUCGGACGGCUCCCGGGACCCGCGGGAGGCGGCCGGGGGCCGGGCCUCCUGGGAGAUCCGCUCCUUCAGCGAGCCGGAGGCCAGCCGCCUCGCCAACGAGUCCCCGGAGGUCUUGGUCAACCGCAACAAGCGGUUCCUGUCCAGGGUCCACCCGGCCCCCGGGAGGCCGGACUCCGGCAACCCCAACCCGCAGGCCUUCUGGAACAGCGGCUGCCAGUUGGUGACCAUGGACUUCCAGACUCCGGGCCCCAUGAUGGACCUCCACACGGGCUGGUUCCUCCAGAACGGCGGGUGUGGGUACGUUCUCCGGCCCGCCGUCAUGAGGGACGAGGUCUCCUACUUCAGCGCCAAUACCAAGGGGGCCGUCCCCGGCAUCUCCCCUCAGGCCCUCCACGUCAAGGUCAUCAGCGGGCAGAACUUCCCCAAGCCCAAGGGGGCCGGGGCCAAGGGGGACGUGACCGACCCCUACGUCUGCGUGGAGGUCCACGGCAUCCCGGCCGACUGCUCCGAGCGCAGGACCAAGACCGUCCGGCAGAACGGCGACGACCCCGUCUUCGACGAGUCCUUCGAGUUCCGACUGGCCCUCCCCGAGCUGGCCGUGGUCCGCUUCGUCGUCCUGGACGACGACUACAUCGGGGACGACUUCAUCGGCCAGUACUCCGUCCCCUUCGACUGCCUGCAGCAGGGCUACCGCCACGUGCCCCUGCUGUCCUUCGCCGGCGAGCCCCUGGAGCAGGCCUCGCUCUUCGUCCACGUGGCCGUGGCCGACCGGGGCGGCGGGGUGGGGGGCGGGGGCGGCGGGGCCGGGGGGGGGGGCGGCGGCGGCGGGGGCAAGGCCCAGAAGCGCAGCCUGUCCGGACGCAUUGGCAAGCGGGCCCGGGAGUACACCCUGCUGAGGAACACCGGCCUCAGGGCCGUGGACGACGUCUUCAAGACGGCCGUGCAUCCGCUCCGGGAGGCCACGGACGUCAAAGAGAACCUGCAGAGUGCAAUAGUAUCUGUAAAAGAGCUUUGUGGACUCCCACCGAUUGCCAGUCUGAAACAGUGCAUGUUGACUUUGUCUUCCCGACUGAUAACCAGUGACAAUGCCCCCUCUGUCUCUUUCAUUAUGAAAGAUAACUUCCCAUACCUGGAGCCUCUGGGGACCAUUCCGGAUGUGCAGAAAAAAGUCCUAUCUGCCUACGACCUGAUGAUUCAGGAGAGCAGAUUUCUCAUCGACACGGCCGACAGCAUCCAUGAGAAGAUCUUCCAGUGCCAGAAAGCAGGGAUGGAGUUCCACGAAAGUCUUCAUGCCCUUGGCGCCAAGGAAGGUCUCAAGGGACAGAAGCUGAACAAGGCGAUUGAGAGUUUUGCCUGGAACAUCACUGUUUUGAAGGGGCAAGGCGAUCUGCUGAGGAAUGCCAAGAGCGAAGCGGUGGAGAACAUGAAGCAGAUCCAGGCGGCCUGUUUGUCCUGUGGGUUGGGCAAGGCGCCCAGCGGCAGUGUCCGUACCCAGAGCCCACCGAACCCUCCGGCCGCGGAGGCCAAGGAGACCUCCGACAAGACUGGGAACUUCUGAGAGCCUCCCUUUCCCCCCGCCUCCACCCCUGGAGGGGUGGGCAAAAACUCCGGCCUCUCGUUUUUUGGGAAACAUUUCGCCGUUGGCAACAGAACACCCUCUAGGAGUUGCUAGACAUCGAGCGGGCAGUUAAUUUAUCUAAUUUAAACCGGUCCUCGGCUGUGUUAUUAAGAAACGGUGCUGUCUGUGUGCACCCGUGUGUGUGUGAGAGAGAGAGAAAAAGAGAGAGGAGGUAGAAGAGAGAGACCCUUUUAAGGUAUCCCCAUGCUACGUUACCCAUCGUCUAAGUUAUUCCACUGUCGUUUCAAACUGUCUUCAUCAAUGAUGGCAUUUUAUUAAGCGCUUACUAUGUGCAAAGCACUGUUCUAAGCGCUGGG